UGUUUGGUUUUUUUUUUUCUUUUUUUUUAAACUGGGCUAGUUAGCUAUAAAUUAGAAAGCAAAAGCUAGCAAUUGGAGCUCUGGGUAUAAAUAAUUAGCAUCCACAAAAUGGAUGUGAGGAAGGGCAGUUGACAGAGGCAAACACAGAACAAGUUGAUUAUACCAAAAUGGGCUGGUGACAGAUCAUGUCCUGCCAUCCCACUGAUGGUCUUGUCUCUGCAGCACUGUUGACUUGCCCUCAUUUAGAAAUUGAUAUAGCUAACCCACCGUAAAUAAACUGCUACUAACAAACCUAUGGAGUAGAUGCUAGUCAAACCCCUUUUGAGACCAUAUAAGGAAGUUGUCUCCACCUCAGCUCCAUUCUUGUUUGCUUUAGAGAGAACAGACCUUGGUGCCUAACCCCUAUUGACAGUCCUCCAGGGAGAGCUACAGAUCCCAGAUUUCCUGAGGGAUGGGGCUUUACCAGCACAGCACCUCAGUCCCAGCACCUUCUGCCACCUGUUCAAUGGGUUGUUCAGUGUUUCCUCAGUCCAGCUGUAGACCUUCAGAUCUCCCAUACGUGGCAAAGGGGUCCCCAUGGCUGCAGCCUGCGAUUGUGUGUGCCAGUAGGAACCAAGGUGUCUCAGCAGAGCCAUGUCUAUGAUUCCUUUGGAAACGUAACCCAGUUUUGGUAAUUCCCAGCUCCAUGUAUUAAAAAUGAAUGAGGUUAAGUAAAAAUAAUGAGGUUUUAAAUUGUAAUAUAUUUGGAAUUGUUUUAAUCUGCCUUCUGGUUUUGAGUCUUCAGGGGUCCCUUGUUCAGCUUUUCUUUGCAACCCACAGCAUGAGAAACUCAUUUAUAAAAAAUUGAAUCGGAGAUUCUCCUGUAAUCUUGUGUUUCCCACAGCUGAGCUCUCUGGGAAAAUGUGCGCAACAUGAUACUAAAACUGCUGAAGCUAGCAACACUGCAGCAAUCACUUUCCAUCUCAAAGGAUCACUGUAAUUUAGGAGAAACAUAGUAGCAGUAAUGUUGCCUUCACCUCUCCCAUCUGAUGGUAAUGGUGUGACUAAGAGCGAGGGUAAAAAAAAAAGGUGUUGAUAUACCUCUUGCAUGUUGGACCCUCCACUUCUUGGAUGUUCAAUAACCUUCCAAUUUAUGAUGUCAACUCUUCAGGGAAGGAACCCUAUUUUCAUUUAGAAAUUCAACAGGGCAGAACAGCAGGAUGGCUUUUCAAAUGUACCUGAUAACCAGUCAUAAAACUACUCACCUACCUUUGUGCACGGCAGUAGGUAGCAAAGCCCAUGUGGUGCUACGAUCUGUCGGUGGGCCAAGGGCAGUGGGCAGCCAUGACAACUGACCAAGCCAGACCCAAGCGCCAGCUGGGCCCCUUGGGUCUCCCAGGAGCUGCUAAGAUGUGGUGGCUGCCCCGGCCCUCACGCCCCAAGUAGGGGCCAUGACUGCCAAAGGCCAUGCAUGCCUCUGCUCCCGUGUGGCCAGGACGAGCCGAUGUCCACCCCGAGAAGGAGGAGAGCCACUCUUUGCCAUAACCAGCCAGGACGGCAGGUGCUGGAGCAGGCCGCGGGCCCCACAGGCACAAGGAUCAGGAGCGGGCCUGCUCCCGGCCUUCGGUGCCCACCAAGGGCCACAGCCCGGCAGUGCCUGGGAGUCCCUUGCCUUUCUUCUCACCCACGGCGGGAACCCCCAGAGCCCUGAGGAGCAUCAUCCCCGGCACCUCCGCCCCUGCUGUGGGGAACGGCGGGAAGGGACCCGCGGGGCUGGGGAGCAGCUUCUCGGGGGUCCGUGUGAGGCGGGACAGGGCCAUGAGAGGCCGCGGCGCACCCCCACCGCCACCGUGGGGAGCGGGCAGGGGGCCGGGUCACGUGAGUGCGUGUGGCAGCAGCGGAAGGAUACCUGGGCUCUGACAACGCCUGCCGCCCCUCUCGGCUGGCCGCAGCCGGGGCGGAGGGAGCCCCCUCCUUCCCCAGGAGCCCCCUGCCCAGCCCGGCCCCUCACCGGCAGUGGGGGGCGGCGGGGGAAGAGGACGACGGUGGGAGGCGAUGGCGGGCGAGAGGCGGGGACGAUGGGGCGGGGGAAGAAGCUCCGCGGAGAGGGACUAUUUGAGGAGACCCUGGCAGUCUGGUGAGGUGUGCACUGAUCCCUCCGCCAGAGUGAUCCCUCCGCCGGAGUGAGCGGCCCCGAGCUGAGGCAAAAAAGGGAGGUGAGCCCGCCGGGGCACCAUCCCAGCGAGGGCACUGCGCCUGCGCCGCCUCCCCCUCCCCUCCUCCCCGCCGCCGUGUGGGGUGCAGCGGCGCCUGCCCUGCUGCUACCGCCGGCCCCUGCCCCGCGCCCCUGCCCCGGGGAGCUCGCCCCCAGCCAUGGCCCAGAUACUGCCCAUUCGCUUUCAGGAGCAUUUUCAGCUCCAAAAUUUGGGCAUUAACCCAGCAAACAUUGGAUUCAGUACCCUAACAAUGGAAUCUGACAAGUUCAUCUGUAUCAGGGAGAAAGUGGGAGAGCAGGCACAAGUGGUGAUAAUUGACAUGAGCGAUCCAACAACACCCAUCAGACGUCCAAUUUCUGCCGAAAGUGCCAUCAUGAAUCCAGCUUCUAAAGUAAUUGCGCUAAAAGCUGGGAAAACACUUCAGAUUUUUAACAUUGAGAUGAAAAGUAAAAUGAAAGCCCACACGAUGGCAGAGGAAGUGAUCUUCUGGAAAUGGAUAUCUGUGAAUACGGUUGCCUUGGUGACAGAGACAGCAGUCUACCACUGGAGCAUGGAGGGAGAAUCGCAACCCCAAAAGAUGUUUGACAGGCAUGCUAGUCUUGCAGGCUGCCAAAUCAUCAAUUACAGAACAGAUGAACACCAGAAAUGGCUGCUGCUGAUAGGAAUUUCAGCACAGCAAAAUCGUGUGGUUGGUGCAAUGCAGCUGUACUCAGUUGAUAGAAAAGUCUCCCAACCUAUAGAGGGCCAUGCAGCAGCUUUUGCAGAAUUCAAAAUAGAGGGAAAUGCCAAACCUUCUACUCUCUUCUGUUUUGCUGUGAGGAGUCCUGCAGGGGGCAAGCUACACAUAAUUGAAGUAGGUCAGCCAGCUACUGGAAAUCAGCCAUUUGUUAAGAAAGCUGUUGAUGUGUUUUUCCCACCUGAGGCGCAGACAGACUUUCCUGUGGCAAUGCAGAUUGGAAUUAAGCAUGGUGUUAUCUACCUGAUCACAAAGUAUGGAUAUAUUCACAUGUAUGACUUGGAGUCUGGAGUGUGCAUCUACAUGAACCGUAUUAGUGCUGAUACUAUCUUUGUCACAGCUCCUCAUGAACCUACCUCAGGCAUUAUUGGUGUGAACAAAAAAGGACAGGUGCUUUCUGUCUGUGUUGAGGAAGAUAACAUAGUGAACUAUGCUACAAAUGUUCUCCAGAAUCCUGACUUGGGACUGCGUAUGGCUAUACGUAGUAAUCUAGCUGGGGCAGAGGAAUUAUUUGCCAGGAAGUUCAACACACUGUUUGCUCAAGGAAGCUAUGCAGAUGCUGCUAAAGUAGCUGCAUCUGCACCAAAGGGAAUUCUACGUACCAGUGAUACAAUCAGGAAGUUCCAGAGUGUACCAGCUCAGCCUGGGCAGGCCUCUCCCCUGCUCCAGUACUUUGGAAUAUUGCUUGACCAGGGACAGCUGAACAAGUUUGAGUCUCUGGAGCUCUGUCGCCCUGUCCUACAGCAGGGCCGCAAGCAGCUUCUGGAGAAGUGGCUGAAGGAAGACAAGCUGGAGUGCUCAGAGGAGCUGGGAGACUUGGUGAAGACAGCUGACCCAACCCUUGCACUCAGUGUUUAUCUUCGUGCUAAUGUGCCAAACAAAGUGAUUCAGUGCUUUGCUGAAACUGGUCAAUUCCAGAAAAUAGUGCUGUAUGCUAAAAAGGUUGGCUAUACUCCAGACUGGAUCUUCUUGCUGAGAAGUGUGAUGAGAGUCAGUCCAGAGCAAGGCCUGCAGUUCUCUCAGAUGCUGGUACAGGAUGAGGAGCCACUGGCUAACAUUAACCAGAUUGUGGAUGUGUUCAUGGAGAACAGUCUUAUUCAGCAGUGCACGUCCUUUCUGUUGGAUGCCCUGAAAAAUAACCGCCCCGCAGAAGGCCACCUUCAGACUCGUCUCCUGGAAAUGAAUUUAAUUCAUGCCCCGCAGGUUGCAGAUGCCAUUCUUGGAAACCAAAUGUUUACACAUUAUGAUCGUGCUCAUAUUGCCCAGUUGUGUGAAAAGGCAGGCUUGCUCCAGCGAGCUUUGGAACACUACACAGAUCUCUAUGAUAUUAAACGUGCUGUUGUUCAUACUCACCUUUUGAAUCCUGAGUGGCUUGUGAACUUCUUUGGCUCUCUCUCAGUUGAAGACUCUGUGGAGUGUUUGCGUGCCAUGCUGUCAGCCAACAUUAGGCAAAACCUACAGCUCUGUGUGCAGGUUGCUUCUAAAUACCAUGAGCAGCUUGGUACUCAGUCUCUUGUGGAGCUUUUUGAAUCUUUCAAGAGCUAUGAAGGACUGUUCUAUUUCUUGGGUUCCAUUGUAAACUUCAGCCAGGAUCCAGAUGUUCACUUCAAGUACAUCCAGGCAGCUUGCAAGACUGGUCAGAUAAAAGAAGUGGAAAGAAUCUGCCGUGAAAGUAACUGUUAUAAUCCAGAACGGGUGAAGAAUUUCCUGAAGGAGGCAAAGCUCACAGACCAGCUUCCUCUGAUCAUUGUCUGUGAUCGAUUUGACUUUGUUCACGACCUGGUGCUCUACUUAUAUCGUAAUAACCUGCAGAAGUAUAUAGAGAUCUAUGUACAGAAGGUGAAUCCUAGCCGUAUACCAGCAGUGGUUGGAGGGCUUCUUGAUGUGGAUUGUUCUGAAGAUGUCAUUAAGAACUUGAUCAUGGUGGUUAGAGGCCAGUUCUCAACAGAUGAGCUGGUGGCAGAAGUGGAAAAAAGAAAUCGGCUUAAGUUGCUGUUGCCAUGGCUUGAAUCAAGGAUUCAUGAAGGCUGUGAAGAACCUGCGACUCAUAAUGCCUUGGCCAAAAUCUACAUUGACAGUAAUAAUAAUCCAGAGCGGUUCCUUCGUGAGAAUCCUUACUAUGACAGCCGUGUAGUUGGCAAAUAUUGUGAAAAGAGGGACCCUCAUCUGGCCUGCGUUGCUUAUGAAAGGGGGCAAUGUGAUCUGGAACUCAUAAAGGUCUGCAAUGAGAACUCACUGUUUAAGAGUGAGGCUCGUUAUCUGGUGCGCAGGAAGGACCCUGAGCUCUGGGCAAAUGUUCUGGAAGAAAACAACCCAUUCAGGCGGCAGCUUAUUGACCAGGUUGUCCAAACAGCUUUAUCAGAGACACAGGAUCCAGAGGAGGUUUCUGUUACUGUGAAAGCUUUCAUGACUGCUGACCUGCCUAAUGAGUUGAUUGAGUUAUUGGAAAAAAUUGUCUUGGAUAAUUCUGUAUUCAGUGAACACAGGAAUCUCCAGAAUCUCCUGAUCCUGACUGCCAUUAAGGCUGACCGCACUCGUGUGAUGGAAUACAUUAAUCGGCUGGAUAACUAUGAUGCCCCAGAUAUUGCAAACAUUGCCAUUAGUAAUGAGCUAUAUGAAGAAGCCUUUGCUAUAUUCAGAAAAUUUGAUGUUAAUACUUCAGCAAUUCAGGUGCUGAUUGAGCACAUUGGCAAUUUAGACCGUGCUUAUGAAUUUGCAGAGAGAUGUAACGAACCAGCAGUAUGGAGCCAGCUAGCCAGAGCACAGCUCCAGAAGGACUUGGUGAAAGAAGCCAUCGACUCCUAUAUAAAGGCAGAUGAUCCAUCUGCUUACAUGGAAGUUGUUCAAGCAGCUAAUAGAAAUGAUAACUGGGAGGACCUAGUCAAGUUCUUACAGAUGGCCAGGAAGAAGGCUAGAGAGUCUUACGUAGAGACAGAACUUAUUUUUGCUUUGGCAAAAACUAAUCGUCUGUCAGAACUGGAGGAGUUUAUUAGUGGCCCUAAUAAUGCCCAUAUACAACAGGUUGGCGAUCGCUGUUACGAAGAGGGGAUGUAUGAAGCAGCAAAACUACUCUAUAACAACGUAUCUAACUUUGCUCGCCUGGCGUCUACCUUGGUGCACCUUGGAGAGUAUCAGGCGGCAGUGGACAGUGGCCGCAAAGCCAACAGCACAAGGACUUGGAAGGAGGUAUGUUUCGCCUGUGUAGAUGGAAAAGAAUUCCGCUUGGCACAGAUCUGUGGUUUACACAUAGUCAUCCAUGCUGAUGAACUUGAAGAGCUGAUCAGUUACUAUCAGGAUCGUGGCUACUUUGAAGAACUGAUUGCCCUUUUGGAAGCUGCUUUGGGCCUAGAGCGUGCUCACAUGGGAAUGUUUACUGAACUUGCCAUCUUAUACUCCAAAUUCAAGCCUCAGAAAAUGAGGGAACACUUGGAGCUCUUCUGGUCUAGAGUUAAUAUUCCAAAGGUGCUCAGAGCUGCAGAACAGGCUCAUCUCUGGGCAGAGCUUGUAUUCCUCUAUGACAAGUAUGAGGAGUAUGACAAUGCAAUAAUUACUAUGAUGAAUCAUCCCACUGAUGCCUGGAAAGAAGGGCAGUUUAAAGACAUAAUUGCCAAGGUGGCCAAUGUGGAGCUGUACUACAAAGCCUUGCAGUUCUACUUAGACUACAAACCUCUGCUGAUCAAUGAUCUCCUACUUGUAUUAUCUCCACGACUGGAUCACACCAGGACAGUCAAUUUUUUCUCAAAGGUCAAUCAGCUACUUCUAGUAAAGCCUUAUCUGCGUUCAGUCCAGAACCACAACAACAAAGGAGUUAACGAAGCUCUAAACAACCUUUUAACAGAGGAGGAAGAUUACCAGGGUUUGAGAGCUUCCAUUGAUGCCUAUGACAACUUUGAUAACAUAACGUUGGCUCAGCGUCUGGAAAAGCAUGAACUAAUUGAAUUUAGGCGUAUUGCAGCAUAUUUGUAUAAGGGUAACAACCGCUGGAAACAGAGUGUGGAGCUAUGCAAGAAAGACCGUCUGUAUAAGGAUGCUAUGCAGUAUGCUGCAGAGUCCAAAGAUGCAGAACUAGCUGAGAAGCUGCUUCAGUGGUUCCUGGAAGAAGGCAAGCAGGAGUGCUUUGCAGCCUGCCUUUUCACAUGUUAUGACUUGCUGCACCCAGAUGUAGUCCUUGAGUUGGCAUGGAGGCAUAACAUCAUGGACUUUGCAAUGCCUUAUUUCAUCCAAGUGAUGAGAGAGUACCUUACCAAAGUGGAUAAACUUGAUGCUUCUGAGAGCCUAAGAAAAGAAGAGGAACAAGUAACUGAACCCACUCCAAUAGUAUUUGGCCAGCAGUUGAUGUUAACAGCAGGCCCCAGUGCAGUACCUCCCCAGGCAAACUUCCCAUAUGGAUACACAGCACCAGGAUUCACCCAGCCACCUGUUUAUGGUUUCAAUAUGUAACUAGCUCUCUGACAGACCUUCACUGUCUCUGUUCUCUUCCUUCCCGUCCCUUUUUAACUUCUCCAAGAAGUGUACAAUGGUCCUAAAGGCACAGAUGACCUUCUGUUGGCUGAACACACUUGCUGCCUGGCUCAGUGAGGAGACUUCAAUGGGAUGCCUGUUACUGUUAUUUAUUGAUUAUUGUCCGGUUACAUUUCAACCUCUGAAAGGCAGCUUUUGUUAAUGACAUUGUGAGACUCUUGUCAGAAGUUAAGGCACUAUUUCACUAACUCAUGUAGCAAUAACUGCUUGAGGCCAGGGGGAAGAGAGCAUAUUUUUCUUUCUUUAGCAAAGCCCAUUGAAGGCAGCUGGGAAAUUGCCUGGCACCAAGUUGUUAAAGCUUUAGCUGAAGCUACUGAAGUAGCCGAGUUGUUAACAAUUCAGUGAAGCAUCUCGUUAAUAAUGAAUUGUUGAAAGCUUGUGUACAUCUGACUACCCCAUUUUAUUUGCAGUCUUAUAUGCAAAAGAAAAUGGGCUUUCUAAUAUUUGUGCUCUGAAUAUUUAGAGGAAUAUUGGGAAAGCUUCCUUUUCUGGACAAUAAUGCUGUUGGGGUUCAAUGCUGUUGGAGUCUGUUCUAUAUUUUCUGGAGUAGAUCUGAGACUUGAAGAAAAUAAAUCUUCUCAUGCCAGAGAGCAAACAUUUCCCAGGUCCUUUUUGUUUAACAAGAAGCGAGCAUGUUACUUGUUGACGUUAAAUGGUACUAAAGGAAACCUCACCUAUGUGUGGCAAGUGGACAUAGGAGUGUGCAUGGGCUGCCAAAGUACUGGAGAUGCAAGAGCACAGUGUCAGGGUUGGGGAGGGGGACACACUGCUAAAAUAUUGAGGCAGUAGGGAGGUCCAUAAUCCUGACUUUUUAUUUGCACCUUUAACUGAUUCUGGCAUUGGCUUCCUGCCACACCAUGUUCUGACCCUGUCUGGUGGGCAGAGUCAGCACCACCUGAGUUAACAGGGUGCAGUGACUUAGUUCUGCUAUGCUGCAGUAGUAUCAACAGCGUGUCCAUCACCCACCUCUUUGAGAAUGCCAACGGGGAUGUAUUAUUACUUUGUGCCACUCUUCAAAUACAUGUAUCAUUAACGUUUUAUGUACUUAGAUAACAAUGUAUAAUUUAUGGUUAUGAAUCUUGUGCUAAUCUUGAAUAUUAUAAAAGUCCAACUAUAAAUGUAAAACUGCAGUA